AUGCCGCCUGCAGUAACCGCCAGAUACGAUUGGAUUCUCGCCAUUACUACUAUCGCCUUUGUCUUCAGCGCAUUUGGAAACGGAGCAAACGAUGUCGCCAAUUCAUACGCAACAUCAGUGGCCGCCCAUACUCUAACGAUGCCGCAAGUCGGUGUUCUCGCAACUAUCACCGAAUUUGUGGGAGCCGUCGGUCUUGGUGCUCGCGUUACCUCAACAAUCAAGAAUGGCAUCAUCUCCAUCGACCGUUUCGAGGGCAAUCCUGGAGCUCUUAUGCUUGCCAUGGGCUGUGCCGAGGUCGGAAGCGCAACUUGGUUGAUGGUCGCUACCGGUCUCGGCAUGCCUGUUUCAACCACCCAGACUGUUGUUGGGGCCCUCAUCGGUGUUGGCUUUGCUACCAGCAGUCCUGUCAAAUGGGCUUGGACAUCCGGGAGUGUGUCUCAGGUGGCAGCAAGUUGGGCCAUUGCCNCCUUGAUUGCUGCCGGUUUCAGUGCUAUCAUCUUCGCGACAGUCAAAUACAGUGUUCUUGAGCGCAGGGAGUCUUUCAAAUGGGCGAUGCGCUUGAUCCCUUACUACUUGGCCUUGACGGCUGCAAUCUUGGCACUCUUCAUUGUCGUCGAGACCCCUACUGCUCCAUCUCUCGAGGAAUUCGGUGCUGGCAAAGCCGUGGGGAUCAUUCUGGGUGUCUUCUUUGGUGUCCUUGCCAUUGCCUACGUCUUCUUCAUGCCCUACUUCAAGAGGCGAUUGGUUAUGAAAGAUGCUCGGGUCAAGGCAUGGCAUAUCCCGCUCGGUCCACUCCUUCUAAGAGACAAUCCUCCUUUGUACUUUCCCGGCAAGGCUGACGGUGAUUACAUCGGGGAAUACCAAUCACACGGAAAAUCCUUCAACGACACACCUGAAGCUAGUCCGGAGAUCAAAGGAAACAGCCCUCUGUCCCUACAAGACCAAAGUCCAGAAAGGGUCGCACCAAUACUCGGAGACUCUUCCUCGGUCGAGAAAGGUCCACAGCAGAGUCACACUGGCAUGCGCAAACGACACAUUGGUCCCCACGAACGUUUCUUGGAGCCAAACAAACAUCUCUCCAUGGCAAAUCCGCAACGCCUGUGGGGCUAUGUCAAAUUCAGUCUUCUUCAAGGUGUUACUCGCGAUGUCACUACCCAUGACAGUGUGGCUAUGCGUGCCAUCCAUGCAAGAGCCAACAAGUACGACCCUAGAGUUGAACAUCUUUGGACCUAUUGCCAGGUGGCUUCUGCCAUGAUGAUGAGCAUUGCACACGGCUCCAACGAUGUAGCCAAUGCCGUGGGUCCCUGGGCUGCCGUAUACCAAACCUAUCAGGCAGGAGAAGUGGCAACCCGAUCUCCCACGCCUGUGUGGUUCCUCGUCGUUGCUGGGUUUCUUCUGGGCGCAGGAUUCUGGUUCUAUGGUAAAUCCACCCACUCUUCUCCGUUAAACCGACUCUCCAUUAACUCCCUUCUUUCUCACANNGGCUUCAAAAUCAUACGCGCCAUGGGCAACAAGAUCACUCAGAUGUCCCCGAGCCGCGGCUUUGCUGUUGAACUGGGUGCAGCAGUCACUGUGUUGCUUGCCUCAAGAUUGGGGUUACCGGUAUCCACUACUCAGUGUCUGACUGGCGCGGUCAUGGGGGUUGCAUUGAUGAACUAUGAUUUGAAAGCAGUCAAUUGGAAACAGUUGUGCUUUAUCUUUAUGGGGUGGGUGUUGACGUUGCCGUGUGCUGGGCUUAUUGCCGGGUUGUUGUGUUUGAUGGCGCUAAACACACCGCGUUUCUGA